AAGCGAGGCCCAUUCAUGUACACCAACUCAACACCUACACCAACUCAACACCGGUAGCUUCACCAAAACAACAAGCAUAAUAAACAUAAAUAAUAACAAAUAAAGAAGUGUCCUCCUCCAGCCACAUGUAACUGUAGCAGAAGAAGUGGCCUCGAAGAAACGAAGCUGCUUCUCUUCACCAUAUCAUAUCUUCCAUUCCAACUCUCUUCCCCGCACAUUCCACUUAGUCAUCAGUCAUGAGCCGAUCCGAGAUCGACACCAGCGCCCCAUUCAAGUCCGUGAAAGAGGCGGUUGCCCUCUUCGGUGAGAAGGUUCUCGCUGGCGAACUUUCUGCCAACAAACGCAAAGAGAAAAAUGAAGAGAAAGUUCCUGGCCCGGUCAUCAUAGAAUUAGAGGAAACCAAGCAAAGACUCGAGCAGGCUCAAGAAGAUCGAAUGCUAAUGGCAACAUGUCUCUCUUCUCUACAACAAGAGCUCGAACGCACCAAAUGUGAGUUGCAACAACUUAAAGAGAGCUCAAAUAUCGUUGAGGAGGAUGUUAAGUUCAUACAAGACGUUGAAGUGAAUACAAGUCAUUCUGGGGUCGAGUUUCAGAAGAAGAGGUACGUGACAUUUGCAAAGCCGCCUUCAGUUGAACAAGUUAUGAUCCAGUCUUGUGAUGCAACGGUGUUGGAAAGGCAACCCUCUUUGAAGAAGAAGAAAAAGAAGCCAUUGAUCCCGAUGAUAGGUGGGAUUUUUACCCGAAAGAAAAAUAUAAUCCAAGUUUAAGACUUAAGUUCAAUGAUAAACGAAAAAUAUAGUAGAGCAAUUUUACUGUGAGGUGAGAUUUUCUUAAAUUUGAGUGGACGCACCUUGAGAAAGUUUUCUUGUAAUAAAGCACAGUACGAACAAAAUAAUAACAAACUUCUUUUUUCUAAA